AUGGCCCAGGUGAUAACCAACUCGGGUCAUGACGACAUGAUUCAUGACGCUGGAUUAGAUUACUUUGGACGGAAGCUCGCGACAUGCUCCUCGGAUAAGACAAUCAAGAUCUUCGAGAUCGAAGGAGACACACACAAGCUCCUUGAAACGCUUAAAGGACAUGAAGGAGCGGUGUGGUGCGUUGCUUGGGCACAUCCAAAAUACGGCACAAUACUAGCAUCAUCCUCGUACGAUGGGAAAGUGCUCAUAUGGCGCGAACAAAGCGUCGGCAGCGGUGCGGCCUCAUCUACUUCCUGGAGCAGGGUUUUCGACUUCUCCCUUCACACUGCUUCUGUAAAUAUGGUAUGCUGGGCACCACAUGAGCUCGGCUGUCUGCUUGCAUGCGCCUCCUCCGAUGGACAGGUCAGUGUCCUUGAGUUCCGCGACAAUAGCUGGACGCAUCAGAUCUUCCACGCGCAUGGACUGGGGGUGAACUCUAUCAGCUGGGCGCCCGCCGCGGCCGCAGGAUCGAUCAUAAGCGCCAACUCCGGAGCCGGCCAGUCUCGAAGAUUCGUUACCUGUGGAAGCGACAAUCUUAUAUACAUCUGGGACUACAACUCCGAGACCAAGACGUAUGCCGCCACGCAGACACUGCAAGGCCACACCGACUGGGUCCGCGACGUAGCUUGGUCCCCCAGCAUUCUAUCACGCUCCUACAUCGCCUCCGCAUCUCAAGAUAAGAGCGUACGAAUCUGGACCUCUGACCCAUCGAAUCCCCAGGAAUGGACUAGCGAGAGACUCGAGUUCGACACCGUUGUUUGGCGCGUUAGCUGGAGUUUAAGCGGUAACAUCCUUGCUGUUAGCGGUGGUGAUAACAAAGUUAGUCUGUGGAAGGAGGAUCUGAAGGGAAAAUGGGAGAAAGUCAAAGAUAUCGAAGAGUGA